AUGGAAAAUUUCAUUUUUUUCCUAACAAUUCUAAUCAAUGGCUUUGUUUGGGUGACGAGUGAAGAAGCGUUGUUGAGUCGAAGAGUCAGACAGGUGACACCACCAUCAAUCUGCUUCCCCGAUCCAAGUAAUCCACCCCCACAAAUGCCGCAAUGCUUUUGUUGCAUUUGUGCCGGAAUCUCACCGUUUUGUCGGGGUCUCGGCCCAAUAACGACGCGUCGUCCUCUAACAGUUCGACCAACAACGGUAAGAUUUGUGGCUCGUACAACUCCCCGAACACCACCGCCAAUCACUGUCCCGUGCGUUGAUGGGAAUGCCAAG